AGUCAGUAGUAGAAGAGUGUAAGGCAAAAACUUGAUUAAGUUUAGCUGAACACUCAACUGCUUAGUUACUCUCUCUAAAUCAGCUCUCAGUGUACAGAUUUGCUUCCUGGUAGGGGUGAAACUGGGCCACAUAGAUACAAAAAGCCAUUACCAAACCACCCUCACAUAAUUAACAAGCUAAAGACCAAAAUAGAACCACACAACUGACACAAGUCACCAAGCCCAUCCCAGCAACAAAACGUACAGUGGUGCCUCCCCAAUAAAGCAAAUCCCACCCAUAACACCAACUGAAACCAGUAGAAACAGCAACAAAACCUCCCAAAAAAUGCAGCAUUUCAUCUAACAAACUUCAAGAAACACAACCAGCCAUUAAUCAGCAACAUAGGUAACACAAAGUUUUCGAUCAUUCGAAUGAUUGUAACAUACACAUUGAUCACAAAGUAUAAGUAAUCGACUUGCUGAAUUGUAGAUGCAGGUAUGGGAAUCCAUAUGUUGAAUAGGGUUUAAAAUUCGGGAGGGGAAACAUCAAAAAAUGGGAGGUUUUUGGGUCGAAUAUGCUGUUAAAGAGAUUUGCUUGACCAAGUAGCUGAACAUUCAACUGCCUAGUUACCCUCUCUAAAUCAGCUCUCACUGAACAGAUUUGCUUCCUGUCCUGGACAUCAACUAUUAAUGGCUUCAGUAUCUCUCUAAGGACUUCUGCUGCUCAAGAGGUAGAAACUAGCCUGACUUACAGAUCCAUCCAUUCACAUUGGUUUGAGAAAGAUGUCGGCAGCAGCAAGUUUGCAGGCCCUCUCUUUGUGAAAGAAAAAGAAUAUCCUAUGACCCAUUGAAUCACAGUUUCAAAUUGUUCCACAUCAACAUCAGACCAUGAUGUUUUGAGUGCCCCAUUUCAUUCUCUCAACUAGAGGUUUCUGUUAGGCUCAUUAAAGUAUAAACCCAAACAAACAAGAAAAAGCAGGUGCAUGCAUUACAAACAGUUCCCCUUCUAAGGAAAUUCCCAUUUCAUCCAAUGGUUUGUCAAAUUUUUGCUAGGUCUACAUCUUUUGCUGGUCCAAGCAAACCACACUUAAUUGUAGUGCUCCCACUUACUUCUGUCACUAUCUUUUCCUUGUUGUCCCUUCCUCCAUCUCUCUUUUCCUAACUCGCAAAGCCUGGAAAAAAGCAUCCAUCUAGAAAAGACAAGAAAUUAAGCACUCUCCUCCUCCUCCUCCUCCUACUACUACUAAUAAAUGCUUUGCUUAUAACUCCGGGGAAAAGGAAAACAUUCCUUCUGCAACCCCUUUUAUAAUAAAGUCCACAACUUUACCCCAAAGCCAUCUCGAAUUUUCCUCAACAAGAUGAAGAAGGGUAGUGGUAGAAGAGGAAGUUUCAUGGCAGUGGAGAUUCUGCUGGUUUUCCUGGUUUUCAUGGCUGCCAAUGCAAUCACAGGUGAGGCAGUGUUUGGAAUUGACAUGAAUCCAUGCGCACUCACAACUUGCACAGAAGCCUGCAAGAGUCUUUUGGGGGAUAAGUUUGACAGUGCCUCUUGCUACCAAGGAAUCAUAUGUAUGUGCUUUGGCUAAUGGUUUUCCGGGAGAUUCCUAGUCCAUAUGGGAAUAUAGGUAUAUAAAGUUUGGUUCUUUGAAGCAAAGGGGGAAGCUUUAGAUAUUUAUUAGACUCUCUCACCCCUGUCUUUCUAUCUGUUUGGUGUGUUGUGAAUGAUGAAACUUGUACUGAGAAGAAUCUUCUCAGAGUUUCACCAGGUACAUAUAUGUGCUUUCAUGGGGGAUCUAAGAGGCCAAACUGCAUGCUGUAUUUUGUACAGACUUCGAACCUGCUAUAUAUUAAAGAAGAUAGAUUUUGUUCCUUUUGGAUUCUAUCUUCCCUUCAUCUUCUCAUCCACGCAUUUGCCCACCUGAGAGAAUAGAGAGAUUGAGUGUGACCAAAAAGAGAUGAGAUUCCUGUUAUAGAGCCAUUUUGCAGCAGAAAUCAAGGAAUGAAAGAAGGGGAGAUGGAAAAAAUGAAGCCCAACUUGAUAUAAUAGGACAGUUAAGCUAAUAUAGCAAAUAGAUAGAAGAUAAAAGCCCGAACUUUUAGACAAUUAGGCUGAUAUAGCAGAUAGAUAGAAGAUAAAUGCCCAAACUUCUAUCAGAGUAAGGAAUCAAAAGAGGGAUUCUUCUGUGAAUUGGUUCUCUUGCAGGCCUUAAGUUGUUACCCUGUAUGCUUAAUGCUGCUGCUCUCUUUUCCUCCCCACACCCAGCAAGUAUCAGAAGAGAAGAAAUUCCAACUCUUUCAUCAAUGGAGUACUGCAACAAUAAACUACCACUCUUCAACAAUCUUCAAACCAAGUAAAGUUAACAAGUUAAUAAUGGAAGGAAAAAGCUUGAAGAUGAAGCUAAUGUUUGGUGAUCUGUCAACAACAAAGCUUUGAAGGGACCCUCCAUAUGUACCCAAGAUGGAUAGCACUAGUAUGGAGAAAUUCAUUGGUAGAGCCACCAUAGGCCAUCAAUCAAUCAAUCAAUUACCAUGUGCCCAUUAUUACUGUUAUCAACUAACUUCGGUCUUUUUGGUGUCAUUAAGGAAAAGUCUUUAGGAUGUAUAAUAAUUAAGUUUGAAAAUUUAC